CUGUCUUGCGCGCUCUCCCUCUCUCUGCUUCUGAGUCGAGGCGCGCACCCAACGCAACCGCAACCACGUUAACUUCUCAGAGGUCCGGGGUCUCCUGCGGAGCCAGGAGCCGAACCGGUCGGAUCAUGGAGUUGUUAUCCACCCCGCGCAGCAUUGAGAUCAAUAAUAUCACCUGCGAUUCAUUCCGGAUCUCUUGGGCCAUGGAUGUUGGAGACCUGGACAGAGUCACUCACUACUUCAUUGACUUGAACAAGAAGGAGAAUAAGAACUCCAAUAAGUUCAAACAUCGGGAUGUCCCUACCAAACUGGUAGCCAAGGCGGUUGCAUUGCCCAUGACUGUGAGGGGUCACUGGUUUCUGAGUCCCAGGACGGAGUACAGUGUGGCAGUACAGACAGCAGUGAAGCAGAGCGAUGGGGAGUACCUCGUGUCUGGAUGGAGCGAGACUGUCGAAUUCUGCACCGGGGACUAUGCAAAGGAGCAUUUGGCCCAGCUGCAGGAGAAAGCUGAACUCAUUGCAGGGAGGAUGCUUCGCUUCUCUGUCUUCUAUCGGAACCACACCAAGGAAUAUUUCCAGCAUGCCAGAAUGAACGGUGGGAACUUCAUGAAACCGUACCUGAAGGACAACAGUGGCAGCCACGGCUCACCCACCAGUGGUAUGCUGCACGGCAUCUUUUUCAGCUGUAAUACUGAGUUCAACACAGGGCAGCCUCCGCAGGACUCCCCGUAUGGCCGCUACCGCUUCCAGAUCCCUGCCCAGCGCCUCUUCAGCCCCAACACCAAUCUCUACUUUGCGGACCUCUACUGCAUGUACACCGCCUAUCACUACGUCAUCCUGGUGCUUGCACCCAAAGGCUCUCCGGGAGACCACUUCUGCCAAGAGCGCUUGCCCCAGUUGGACAUUUCCUGCAACAAGUUCCUGACCUGCUGCGUGGAGGAUGGCGAGCUCGUCUACCGUCAUGCCCAGGACGUCAUCCUGGAAAUCAUCUACACUGAGCCAGUUGACCUCAGCUUAGGAGUGCUGGGGGAGAUCAGCGGCCAUCAGCUCAUGAGCCUCUCAACUGCUGAUGCCAAGAAGGAUCCCAGUUGCAAGACGUGCAACAUCAGCGUGGGGCGCUAGAGACUGGAUUGGAGUGGGGGUGGGAAGGGAGAUGGCGAGAAACAUGAAUGUGAGAGGUCUCUGUGGAGUGAAGGCUCUUGGCAAUAGAUAUGGCCAUUUGAGAACUGGGUCCUAGUUGGGGCCAAAGGGAAUGCUGGAGGAGCAGGCCCUUCACUGCAUCCUACCAAACCUGCAUCCAUCCAUCCAUCUCCCUUUCUCUCUCUCUCAUGUAUCCUUAGCCAAUGUAAAUAAGAACCUGAACAGGGAGAGAUAGAUCCGGGCAGCUUGGCAGGGCCUACUCUUCUAGCAAGAUCAAUAGGCACUUGCCCAUGUAUUGGAGUGUGAAAGGGUCAGCCCUAGAUUUCCUGGGCUCUCUCUAUAGGAAGUAAUGCCAUUUGUUUUCUAUUCCCUCACUCUAUUCAAACUCAAAUGGACAUUUCAUUUUGCGCACACCGCAAAUCGUCUGGCCAGUGUGAUAACGCAAUCCAGCUUCCUAAACAGGGCAUCCUAACUGGAACGUUAUCUGCUUCUGCCCUCCUUCUUCCUUUGGCCCCUUCCUUUAUGCCAGGGGUGCAGAACCUCAGGCCCAGGGCCCAAAUCU